AAAAAAACAUAUUGCCCAGGCGUCAAGAUAGCACCCAUUGGAACGGAAAACGCUUUUGCGGCCGGGCGUCUGAUGGACGAUGAGGAGGAAGACACGUCGCGGCUCCGGCCCGCCGCCUUCGGGGGCUUCAAGUGCGAAGAGCGGCCCAGGCGGCUGGACUCUCGUCCCGACCGCGACGGCGUCGGCGUCGGCGUGCCGGCUCUCGCCUCGCGGCUGCAGCAUCGGCUUCCCUUUCACGGCAACGCGGCGCUGCGCUCACACUUCCCCGCGCAGUUCCAGCCCCUGGAGGAUCGGGGGGCCCGUCUGGCCCCCCGGGAAGACGGGCAGGAGGAAGAGGACGGCGGGCCGGCAGAGGGACCCGGCCGGGGGCGGGCGGGGCUGAGCCCGGAGGCGCAAAUCGGACAAAAACUUCGGGAGAUCGGAGACAAGUUCCAGCGGGAUCACGUUGACCUGUUGCUGGGACAAAACUUGCCCACGUGGAUGCGCCUGACCAUGGCGGCGUUGGGCUUCCUGUUCCCCCGACCUCGUCCGGUCCCUCGGCACAGAUGAAGGGCCGGACCCGCCGCCCCGGCUGUAACGGGACCGGACUUUUUACAGACGGCACUGGAAGAUUGAACACGGGUUUUUGGAGUUUUCUUUUUACGACGAAGAGAUCAAGAAAAAAACAAAACAAAACUGUUCCCCGCUGGACGGAGACGAACGGCCUCUCCAUUUUUUUUUCUUGUUCAAUAAGAAGCCAUUGAGAGAUAUUUUGGAAAUAUGACUUGUAAGAUGACUUAUUUUGUACAGCUUUUUUUCUCGUCGUUGUUCUCGGAAUUGAACUCUCAACAUCGGUCCCGGGAAUGCCUUAGGCUUCGAAAAAGCGAGGGCGGGGGGGCGGCGGGGCUUUGGCGUAUUCCUCGUAGAAUAAGAAGCUCGACUUCACUUUUUUGACGUUGUGCCGUCCGCCGGCCGUCAACGUGACGUUUUGACGGCGUCGGUCAGUCUCCGCCGUGGGGGAGGUGACAAAACUUCUUUCGAAGCGAGAGGAUGAGCAAUAUUCCGAAAGCAUCGAUCCAGGUCACGUGAGGCGGGGUACACGCGUACCGAAAACUGAUUUGUCACACGCGUCGCGUGACGCGAGGACCUUUCCGGAAGCGACGCGUCCUCAGCGCAUGUUUCGCUUCAACUUCGCUAACUUUUUUUGCUUGUCAUUUUUCAUCCACUGUAUCAUCUUUUCUCUCACCGUGGCGACAAACGCGAGCGACACUUUUGGAGUGUGGAGUGCUCAAACUUGUCCUUGUGAGCGCCCACCCCCGGGGAAAAGCCACUCAGGCAGGCACGGGGAGGACAUGCAAACUCCACACAAGCGGGGCCCCGAUUCGAACCUCUGUCCUCGCAACUGUGAGUCAGAUGCUCUAACCGGUUGCCUCACCGUGCCGCCAUUAUUAAAUGGCGUGGCGGGCCCUGUCUGCCCCCCGGGCCUCGUGAACGUCCGCGGGAGCGAAGGAGCGCAUGAGGUCCGAGUCUUAGAAGCGGGCGUACCGAGACCGGACUGGCGGGAGGCGCCGUUGUCCGGACUGCCGCACAAUCCCAGACAACAAGUAGCAGAAGAAGAAGAAGAAGAAGAAGAAGAAGAAGAAGAAAGCGUGACGAUCUCCGGCGAGGAGGAGUCUCGCUCGGCAGGGCAGGUUGGCCGUUUUCAGCCCGGACGAUCGCUCAGGAAAAUCUUUCAGAAGCAGGCGACAAUCAGGAAAUGCUUCCUUUGAUGGCGAGCCCCCCUCAGGCCAAGUUAUCGGUAAACGUGUACCCCGCUUUUUUCCACCCUUGCGGCCCCCAGUUUGGGGGACGUUUUACGAUCGGUUCAGACCUGAUUUUUUUUUUUUUUUGUCCUACUCGGUUCGGUUGUUUCGCGAAAGCAUCUAUUUGUCGGUUUUCCAAGCCGCUUAUCCUCACGAGGGGCGCGGGAGCGCAUCCCAGCUAACUUGAGGCGACAGGCCGUCCCCGAGCUGGAAUCGACCCCACGCCGCCCGCACCAAAGUCGACGCCAUUUUGUCAUUUUUGGAAUCAAAAGAAUCGCUUUGAAUUUUGUUUCCUUCCAAAAAAUUUUCAUUUGCCAAAGAAGUAUUUGGCGCCCUUGAACGGCCGUGCUGGUUGGUCCAAAUUCUGGCAUUUCAAAUUUGCGCUUUUACGCGAAGGGACCGCCCUCCCCAACCCCCCCAAGCAAGAGAAAAUUUCUCCCCGAACUCGUACGUCAGGGCACUGCACUGCUGUAUGCGUGUCAACACACGGCGUGAGUGUGCAAAUAUUUGGCUGCAAGCCGAAUAUUUUCUUUGUGUUGAAAAUGAACAUUUUUUUUUCUUUUUUGUUGCUUUUGUUUUUAGAUGGAAGGGUUGACAGCUCGAUUCCUUUUUUUUUUUUCCUUUGUUUUCUUAUGUUGAUGUUCGCUUUGCCAAAUGCGGACGGGCGUUCCGCGUCGGGCGUUCCGCGUCGGGCGUUCCGCGUCGGGCGUUCCGCCUCGGGAGCUCCGCGCCGUGCUGAGCCAAUUUGCCGUUUUUCCGUUUUCUGCCUGGCUCAACGCGGCCCGGAAGGAAUUUUUCUUAAUUUAUUUGCGUAUUUAUUUUGGGUUGUACAGCAGCAGCUAGCUCGGCGGUCGCGGUCGUCGGUUGCCGAGCCGGGGGCGGGGCCUGUGCGGCGAGGCGGGCGCCCUUUGACCUUUUCGGGGGGCCUUUUUAUUUUUAUUUUAGAUUCCUCAUCAAGGUAUAUUGAAUUGAUCCUAGUGACAUUUUCCCCCCAAAUAUUUCAACUUUAUCCCCCCGCAUCUAGUUCUGUCUUUAUUCUUGAGCUCUGCUAUUUGGAUUUUUUUUUAAAUUCCUGCAAUAUUUAAUAAUAUUUCUUUGUUUUUUCACACUGGUAAAGAUAUAUUUAAGAAAAAAUUGUAAUGACUAUUGCUGUAAUUGCAUCUAUCUUCUUGAAAUGUUAUUCCCUCAACGUUAUUCACAUUUUUUCCACGUCAUAUUUUGUCUAAAAUUGGGAUUUGAAGUCAUGGUAAUAUGCAGUACUCACUCAAUUUUGGCCCGGCCAGUUUUCUUCCUGAAAGCUUUUGACAACUGGAGCGUUUUGGGGGGUUUUCCCCCAGCUUUUUGUUUGUUUGUGGUUUUUUUUUUUU